AUGUUGCGAGGCGGUCGGAUUAGAAACGGCGGUAGUAAUAAGUUGUGGAAAGACUUGACGGCUGCAGUAUAUCAGAUGUCAAAUGGAGAACUUGUCACAACCGCAACCUUUGCUAGCGGAAUAGUAAUCAUCGCAAUUAUCGACAAUUUCCGAUCACAUCAUCAACAGUACCCUAACCGAAUAACCGACCAUAAACCACAGCGACGGCUAAAUCUUACUCGAAUAAGAGUGACAAGGCUACCAUCAAAUAGAUCAGCAACUUUAAAAAUUGCAAUUACGAUGAUUACAACCGCCUUGAUUAUUGCUGUCGAUUUUUUUUAUAUUCAAGAGAAGAGGGUUCCAAAAAACACUGAAAUUCCUCGCCCGUCUCUCGAAGAGGUAGAAAAACAAGAAGCCAAACGAUUGCAAGAUAAAAAUGAGCAAGGAAAACCUAAAGAAGGUGGUUCAGCUGGACGCGUUCUGACCGGCGCUCGUACCACGGCUGAUGUAGACCACAAGCAGUCUGAAUUGAAGCAAUAA